UCGAGUGUAUACGAAGGGGUGACACGCUUGCCGAAACAUGGUCCAGCUCGGUACGAUCAACAUGAUCAUCAAGGCGUACGCGUUGAUCGGCUUUUGUGUUUCCGCAUACGCGCUGUACGUGGAAAUCUCACUGGAGAAUGAUCCGGAUUUCGAGCCGCUGUGUGACCUCAGGAAGUACGUCAAAUGUUCUCCAGCAUUUAUUUCACCAUACGCCAAAGGUUUUGGGAUCGUCAGAUACAUAUUCGGGGAAAAUUCCGCUUUCAACGUGCCUAACGGACUCACUGGAAUGUUAUUCUACGUCCUGUCGUUCAUCCUGAGUUGUUCGGACAGGCAUAAAAUCGUAAACGUCCACUACUACCUGGCGAUCAUGUCCAACGUUUCCACGUUUUACUUGGCUUCCGUGUUGGUGUUCAUCGUUCGGGAAUUGUGCUUAGUUUGCUUGACCACAUACUUCAUAAAUGCUAUAAGUCUGUUGUGUGUGUCGUCCAAACGGCGUCAAUUGUUGUCGCUAUCUACGGACCAUAAAUCCUGCAAGGCCGAUUAAAACAUAAUAUAUGUACCUAUACCUAUAUUAUAUAUUUAUAUCUUUAUAAAAUAGCGGAACACGUACCAUAAUAUGUAAUGUCACAGCGUAUAUAAUAUAUUAUAAAAGUAAUAAUUAUCCAAAAUACGCUAAUUUCAUAUUAUGUAUUAUACCUACCAUUAUAAUGUUUUAACAACUGCAGAUACGCAUUGGCGAUUACAUAAAAAUAAAAUACGUUUGUGUUAA